UAAGGGUCGACAAAUAAAAGCUGCUGCGGUACAUAAGAGGUCAGUGAUACACAUCGAGACUUGCGUGAAGGAACUGAUAUUACAAUUGAUCCGAAAUAUUUUUACAAAUGAUCCAGUACUGGAUUAAUGUCCAUGUUUGAUUUAUAAAUAAUAUAUUAAUAUUGAUUUGUACGUUUAUGCAUAGUGAAUUGUGAAAUUAAUUGUUUUUUUGAAAAUCAAAAAUUUACUACUCGAUGACUUUAUUGCGAGGAUUUGGAGCGUCGAUGCUCACCAGAUCGUGGGAUAGUCGUUGUAAUAUUUAUUCUAGCUUACUUCUCAACCAAAUGAGGUUUAUCAGCAGAGCCAAGGAAAAGGAACUGCUGAAAAAGUACGAGCAGACGCUGCGGGGCAAGGUAAUCGCCAUCCGUCGAGAAGACCAAUCGGUAUGGGAGAGACGAGCGCCCCUGGCGCCGUCGAACGUCCGUCGCUUGGUUCGCGCCGGCGUCAAGGUGAUCGUUCAACCGAGCAAUCGUCGGGCCUACCCGGCCAAGAGUUACCUCGCUGCGGGCGCCUCCGUUCAGGAGGACAUAUCGAGCGCCUCGGUGAUCUUUGGCGUGAAGCAGGUGCCGAUCGACCAAUUGAUACCCAACAAGACCUACUGCUUCUUCUCGCACACGAUCAAGGCGCAGGAGUCGAAUAUGCCGAUGCUCGACGCGAUCCUCGACAAGAACAUUCGACUGCUGGAUUACGAGAAGCUGACGGACGACAACGGCCAGAGACUCGUGGCUUUCGGCAAGUACGCCGGGGUCGCCGGCAUGGUCAACAUCCUUCACGGUCUGGGCCUCAGGCUUCUUGCCUUGGGCCACCACACUCCGUUUAUGCACAUCGGUCCGGCUCAUAACUACCGAGACUCGGGAACCGCCAGACAGGCCAUCAGGGACGCCGGUUACGAGAUAGCCUUGGGUGCGAUGCCCAAGUCCAUCGGACCGCUGACUUUCGUCUUUACAGGCAGUGGCAACGUGAGUCAAGGCGGCCAGGAAGUCUUUCAAGAGCUGCCUCACGAGUACGUGCCGCCGGAGAUGAUUCGAAAGGUUGCCGAGCACGGAGACACGACCAAGAUCUACGCUUGCGAGGUGCGCCGCAGACACCAUUUGGAGCGCAAAGAAGGUGGCGGCUUCGAUCCGGAAGAGUACGAUCAGCACCCGGAGCGAUACAUCUCGACGUUCAGCAAGAAGAUCGCACCGUACGCGUCGGUCAUCAUCAACGGCAUCUACUGGGCCGUCGACUCGCCGAAGCUGCUGACGAUACCCGACGCGAAAAAUCUGCUGAGGCCGGCCUACACGCCCUGGCUGCCGAUCAGCGUCGGCGCACCGGCUCUGCCCCACCGGAUGCUGGCCAUCUGCGACAUUUCCGCCGACCCGGGCGGCAGCAUCGAGUUCAUGAACGAGUGCACGACGAUCGACACGCCGUUCUGCCUGUACGACGCCGAUCGCAACAAGGACACCAAGUCGUUCAAGGGGCCCGGGGUGCUGGUCUGCUCGAUCGACAACAUGCCCACGCAGCUGCCGAGAGAGUCGACCGACUUUUUCGGCGACUUGCUCUUCCCGUUCGCCCUCGACAUCAUCAAGUCCGACGCGAAGAAGCCCCUCGAGGAGGUGAGCUUCACGCCGGCCGUCCACGGGGCCAUCAUCGCCUCGAACGGCGAGCUCACCCCGAACUUCCAGUACAUUCAGGAUCUGAGGUCGCAGAAUUGCCGGAGCAGGCACAAGGACAACGGCCACGAGUCCAAGAGCCGGACCGCGCUGGUGCUCGGGGCCGGCUACGUGUCGGCGCCCCUGGUCGAGUACCUCCACCGCGACGAGAACCUGCGCAUAAUCGUCGGCUCGCAGUUGAAGGACGAGGCCGAUGCUCUGGCCAACCGCUACUCGGGGGUCGAGCCAGUCUUCAUCGAC